GGUACUGUUUGUGUCAUUAAUAACUUAUUUAUUUUUAAGUAGCCUUCAUUUGCAUAUUUAUUCUCUCUCCAUCAACUCAAGUUACACUACAUCCAAAACACCUCUCUAUCAACACGCUAGAGUUCACAGAUUUCUCAGAUUCAGCAGCAAUUAUUUGCAGUACAAAAAGCUUAUAAACCAGAUCAACAAUGGCGAAGCCAAACCCUCGCAAGCCACCAAGUGGACGCACAAAUCUAGCCUCAUGCAUAGUCGCAAUAAUCUUCCUAAUGUUCAUAGCCAUAGUUGUUCUUAUCGUGUUCUUCUCUCUGUUCAAGCCCAAAGACCCCAAAAUCUCCGUCAACGCCAUCCAACUCCCUUCCUUCUCCAUCUCCAACGGGACCGUCACCUUCACAUUCUCACAGUACGUCACCAUUAACAACCCUAACCGCGCUGUUUUCACGCACUACGACAGCUCACUGCAGCUUCUGUACGCCGGAAGUCAGGUAGGGUUCAUGUUCAUCCCCGCCGGAAAAAUCGCCUCCGGGAAGACGCAGUAUAUUGCUGCGACAUUUUCAGUUAAGUCGUUCCCCCUGUCGGCUAACCAGCCGGAGAGCGUGAAUUCGGGACCCAAUGUGACUGAUGGGCUGAGUGGAUUCCGGGUCGGUCCGGCUAUGGAGAUUGAGUCCAGAUUAGAAAUGUCGGGUCGAAUUCGGGUCCUGCAUUUCUUCACACAUCACGUGGAGGUGAAAUCUGAGUGUAGAGUGGCCAUUGCUGUAAGUGAUGGAUCUGUAUUAGGGUUCCACUGUUAGCUUCUUCUUUUUCUUCUUUUUUUCUUUUUUUUUUAACUACCAUUUUUCUUUCUUAAUUAAUCAUUUCAUCUGUGUGUUUUCGAGAAAUUGUACAAAAUGAAUUCUCAGACAUUUUAAUCUGUGGGUUUAAUCGUGAUUAAAAGUGACAUUUUUAUAUCAAA